CGUAUGCGGAAGUGGAUAUGAGCAAGCCGUCUGCAGUAUGGAGGAGGAGAGGAAAAUGAGCUGCUCAGUAUGACCAUUAGAUGGCUGGAGUCUUAACGAGCAAAGUCGCUCGUUUCCUCCGCAUGAACACGCAGGUCCAGUGGCUUGUUAAAUAAACAGACGUUACAUCCAGUAUUACUGUGAUGAAGAACUGCUCAUGAUCUGAAUGGGGAGAUGACUAAAGAGGAAGUGCUGAAGGAGCCCUCAGAAGAAGACGCAGUCCUGGACCGGUCCAGUGUUCAUUCCCACGCUCCUGCUCGCCCUGUUAUUCAUCAGGUGGCAUCCGUGCCCAUGCCCUCCGACUCCGACUUCUCUUUCUUUGACCCCAGUGAUCCCCAGUGUAGGGUGGUGCUGUUAGAUCCCUGUACUACAGUGCCUGAGCUGUUUGCAGUGCUCAGACAGUGGGUCCCUCAAGUGCAGAAGAACAUUGAACUCAUCGGUAACGAGAUUCUGAAGAGAGGCUGUGGUGUCAAUGACAGAGAUGGUCUUACCGACAUGACCCUGCUGCAUUACUGCUGCAAAGCUGGUGCACCAGGCAUAGGUGACGCAGAGUGCGCAGCCAGUUUUGCCCGGAAGCUCUUAUCUCUGGGAGCAGACCCGUCUCUGCGCAGCCGCUGGACCAACAUGAGCGCCCUUCAUUACGCUGCCUACUUCGAUGUUCCUCACCUCAUCCGUGUGGUGUUGCAGGCGUCACAGCCGGGAGAAGUGGACGCCACCUGCAGUGAUUUUGACUUCGGCACUGCCCUGCACAUCGCCGCUGCUAACCUCUGUACAGCAGCAGUCCGAUGCCUGCUGGAGCUGGGAGCUAAUGCUGCAUUCAGGAAUGAUAAGGGACAGUGUCCUGUAGACGUGGUGCCCGAGCCUCUGGACAUGCCUCUUGAGAUGGCAGAUGCUGCAGCCCAGGCUAAAGAGCUGAGGGCAUUGCUGAGGGACGUUCUACCUCAACCUGUCACUCCUCGGCAUCUCGUACCCGGGCAUCCCCUCGACCUUCACGCAGAGAAGGCCAGAGCACAUCUUGCUAAUAUGGGCAUCCACCUCGGAGACAAGGUCGUCAUCGCUGGCCAGAAGGUGGGGACCCUGCGCUUCUGCGGCAGUACCGAGUUUGCUGGGGGUCUGUGGGCUGGUGUAGAGCUUCAGCAGCCAGAGGGGAAGAAUGACGGAUCCGUGGCUGGUGUUCACUACUUUACCUGCCGUAUGAAACACGGUAUCUUUGCUCCGCUGUCUAAAAUCAGUAAAUUCUCCGAGCGACGCAGACCCGUCCCUCGUCACCCUGCCGCUCCUCUCCGUCCUCCUCGCCACAUCGACCUUUCCCGGGUCAAGUCAAAAGUCGACACAGGUUUAGCAUCAAUGAAGGCGAGGUCCUUACCAACACUCGCAAGUGGUGUGGAUGUUCAGACAGGUGCUCUGUCACGUAGCUGUUCCACAUCAUCCUCCUCUCUGGACUCCCGACACGUCUCUGUCCUCCAACAUCCUAUCCCUGCACCUAGACAGAGACGUCCCCUUCGUCCCCGGCAGGAACGGACACCCCCAAACUCCAGAUCUACUCCUCCACCAUCCUCGCAGUGUGGCAUGGCACGCAGCAGGACUCCGUCUGCCUGCAGCUCGGUCUCAGAUGGUCCCAUGUUGCGCUUGGGAGAGCGAGUUCUUGUGAUCGGUCAGAGGACAGGAGUGGUCCGAUUCUACGGCAAGACCAGUUUUGCCCCAGGAAUUUGGCUUGGGAUUGAGCUGGAUAAGCCCAGUGGCAAGAACGACGGCUCUGUCGGAGGGGUGAAGUAUUUCAGCUGCCCACCUAAACAUGGAGUGUUUGCGCCGCCUUCACGAGUGCAGCGGAUCCAUGGCUCUGUGGACUGCCUGUCAGAACUGUCCUCCUCUCGAUACAAUCACACCCUCACUGGUAUGCGUCGAAGUUUGAGCACCACUUCAGCCAUUGCCACACAGCGAGAGCCAAAUCGGAAGACUCAAGCAAACCGAAACCAUUUGUCCAGCACACGCCGGCGGUGGAACUCGCUCAGCUCUGCCUCGGCUGCAGCAUCUCCUCGGGGUUCAGGCACUCUAGGUGGCACCGUCAGCUCUUCUGGCACGGACGGCGCCGUCAAACUGCACCUGGGCAUGCAGGUCCUGCUCAGCAGUGCCAACGAAAUGGGCACCAUCCGCUACUUUGGCACUGCUGACUUUGCACCAGGCCUGUGGCUAGGCCUGGAGCUGCGCAGUGCUAAGGGGAAGAAUGACGGUUCAGUUGGCUCUAGGCGCUAUUUCAGCUGUCGGCCUCUCCAUGGCGUCCUGGUGCGCCCGAGCAGGGUCACCUACCGUGGCAUUAACGGAGCCAAGCUGGUGGAUGAAAGCAGCUGAGACCAUAGGCUAUUAUCGUUUUCCCACCACUUUCACCUGUCUCUCAGCUCUGCCAUGCUCUUUUUCUUCUCUAGUAAAUAAGCAGCUGGAUGGAUGGAGGGACAAUAUGCUGCCAGAGGAUGAGAUGAAGCACUUUGAAAGCACAAAGGACAGGGUUAUUAGUCAGCAAUUCAGUGUGUGUAAUGAGAUUUAUUGUGUGUUGUUUGGGUUCAGGAUGAUGUUUACUGGGGAAUUGAGUUCAGUCAUUUGUUUUCUUACUAGAGAAAGUUCACCUUGGAAGCGAGGUCAGUUAUUUAAGUUCUACUCAAUUAAGUUAUUAUUAAGUGAAAUUUUAAUUACUUAGUGAUUCUGAUUUUUGUUUGUUUGUUUGUUUGAGAGCUUGAUUUAUUUGGUUUGUUAGGUGAAUAGCUGAAAAGUAGCAAUUUGUAAGCACUUUAAACAAAAAAGAAUGCGGAAUAUGACAAUGACUUUCAUCGAGCGUAAGGACGAUGAACAUGUUAAUAUUAUGUUAUAAAGAUGUUAUAAAGCAUUUAUAAGGUAUCACAUGCAUUGUUGAAUUGUUUAUGAAAAUGCGUUACGUUUUAUAGCAGUGUUUGUUAUGCAUUAGGGAUUAUCACAAUGAACUAUGAAGUGAUGCUCAUAAAUUAGACUACUGUUGGCAUGGUAUCAGUAUUAAUAUAAUGUGGGAUAAAUAGCUCUUAUAAUGCAUUUUAAACAUUAAUGUAUUAUAAACAUUGCUAUAAACAGUGAUUUCUUUUCAUAAAUCAUUCUAAGAUUAUGUGUGUAAUGCCUUAUGAAUUCUUAAUAGCAGGAAAAGGUCAUUAUACAUAUGGCCUUCAUAGAAGGUGUUACCCUAGGGUGUUCAUUUUUUUCCUUUAUGUUGAAUUUUCUUCAUGAUUUAUGAUAAAGGACAGUGUAUAGCCUGUGAGAAAAUUUCUUUCAUAUUGAGAUCUCUGCAUACAAUAGCACUUAAAUAGUGUUACUACUGAACUCCUACACUUUUCUUUUUCCUCCCAAGAAAUUAUUUUGAAAUGGUUUGCUGGGUAAAGCCUUAUGUUUAGUGUUGCUAUUUUUACUCUGACCAUGUUCAUUUUUGCUAAAGAAAGAGAUAAACAGAAUGGGAACUUUCUCUCAAAACGUUUGCGUAGACGAAAUGAGUGAACUCACGUUUAUCAUUUAUCCUCCUUCAUUUUCCUUCUGAAUGCAUCUUCAGGAAAUAAAAUUUCCAGGAGAAUUA